AUGACGGAGAGCUUGGACUAUCAGGCCGCCGCCACCGCCGCCAUGGAACCAAGGCGGACCAUCCUGCUAACGGCCAUGGGCACCCGCGGCGACGUGCAGCCGUUUGUGGCGCUCGGCCUGCACCUGCGCGACGCGCGGCGGUGGCGCGUGGUGCUGGCGGUACCGCCCGAGUACCGCGGCUUUGUGGAGGGGUACGGCCUGGAGGCCGAGGACAUCGGCAUCUCGCUGCAGCACGCCGUCAGCUCCUCGCCGCAGGGCCGUGCGCUGCGCACUGCGGGCGCCCUCACCGCGUUCCAGGCCACGCAGGACUUCUUCCGGCUGCCGCUGCUGGAGUCUUGGUUUGCCUCCAUCCGCCGCCUGCUGGCCCAGCUGCGCCCCGACGUGCUCCUGCUCUCCGGCUUUGUGGCGAUGAGCGGGUCGGCGGCGCUGCCGGCCCUGCUGGGCCUGCCCACCCGCGUGGUGCUGUCCUACACCAUCCCCAUGCUCCCCACUGCCGAGUUUGGCAUGCCGCUGGCAGGCACCGGCUUCACCGCGCCCGCGGGCUGGAUCAACCGCCUGCAGUGGCAGGCCCUGCAGGCGGCGGUGUCGCAGCCGCUGCACAUGAGCCGCGCCCAGCGCAUCGUCGACGAGGCGGUGGCGGCGGCCGAGGCUAGCGCAGCGGCAGGCGCGGUGGGGGCAGAGGUGCAGAGGGAGGUGGCGGCGACGUUUGGCAGCAGCAGCAGCAGCGGCAGCAGCGGCUCCAGCAGUGGCGCCAGCAGCGGCGCCAGCAGCGGCGCCAGCAGCCCGCAGCCGGUCGGCAGCCUUGCCGGCUCCGCCGCCCAGCCACCGCGGUCGGGCGGCAUCAAGCUGGGGCGCAGCCUGACCCCCGGGGUGGCCCCUACUUUAUACAUCUACUCCCCCUCCCUCCUGCCCAAGCCCGCCGACUGGCCCUCCCACAGCCACGUGGUGGGCCCGCUGCUGCUCAAGCGCCAGCAGGCGCCGGCGGCCGCGGCGGGCGGCCAGCAGGGCGCUGCGGUGGGCCUGCCUGCAGAGCUGCAGGCCUACCUGGAUGCUGCCGCUAGGGCCCAGCUGCCGGUGGUCUACAUUGGGUUGGGGUCCAUGCUGGGUACUGUGUUUGAGGCGGCAGAGGUGCAGCGCCUGAUCGGGUGCAUGCGGGAGGCGGUGGUGGCGGCGUCCUCCCAGCUGCCGCUCUGCGCCGUCAUCCACACCAACCUGCUGCCGGGCAGCUGCAACGGCGGCGGCGGCGGCGGCGCCGGCGGCGGCACGGGGCCUGGCCUGCAGGCGCAGGCGCGGCAGGAGCAGGAGCGCAGCGGCCUGCCGCCCACCUACUUCCUCCUGCAGACGCCUGUUCCUCACGAGCUGCUGUUGCCGCAGUGCGACCUGGUGGUGCAUCACGGCGGCGCGGGCACCACACAGGCCGCGCUGCUGGCAGGCAAGCCGUCGCUGGUGGUGCCCUGCGUGCCCUCCUCCGACCAGCCCUUUUGGGCAGACCUGGUGCACCGGCGCGGGCUGGGCCCGCCCUGGUUCCCGGUGCUCCGCCUCACUGCGGCCAAGCUGGCGUCGGGCAUCCAGCGCGGCUUGCUCCACCUGGACCGCUACACGGCGGCGGCUGAGGCGCUGGGGCGGGAGAUGAACCGGGAGGAUGGGGUGGCUGCGGCGGCCGACAUCAUCGAGCAGUGCGGCGGGGCGGCCGCCGCCGCUCGGCAGCAGCGCGCUUGA